AUGUGUAUGCUUAAUUUUAUUAUUGUUCUUAUGCUUUUUAGUAAUGUGCAACAACAUGUGCUUACUACAAAUUCAUUAUCUUCAUCAGGAUUAAAUAGUUCAAGUAAAAAUGAUAAUGAAAAUGAAUGGUUCAACAUAGAUGAAGAAGAUAUCAAUAAUAAUUCUAGUAAUACAUUUAAACUUGAUGAAUUUGUUUCAAGCAAAUUAAAUGCUACACCUAAGGAAAAAGAGAUUGCAGCGGCUUUGAUUCUACUAAAAGGACGUCAUAAACUUUCCAAUACUUGUAUUAAACAUAUAUGUUAUCUUUUACGUUCAUUAAAAGUACCUAAUGUACCAAAAAGUUAUUCUCGAAUUUUACGUAUUUUUCAUCAUGAAACUCAAUCAAAGGAUAAAUCAAUUAUGAUAAAUAUUUGCAAUGAGUGCAAUCAAACUUGUAAAAAUGCUAUUAAAUGUGAUAAUAUUGUAUGUAGUCAACAUAAAUGUUUUGAAAAUGCUCCUUUACAGUUUUUAUAUAUGCCUAUAUUACCUCAAAUACGAAAUAUUCUUGCUUGUACACAACAUUUAAAUUUUAAACGUCAAGAUCAAUCUAUAUAUUCAACUAAUAAUAUGAAAGAUGUUACUGAUGCAGCAGCAUAUGAUCGAAUCUUAUCACAACAAUCAAGAACAAAAUUUAUCUCAUUACUCAUGAAUAUUGAUGGUGUUCGGAUAGCUAAAAGCUCGAAUACAUCCAUAUGGAUUGUUAGUUUUGUUAUUAAUGAAUUAAAACGAAAUGAAAGAUUCAAAAUGAAAAAUGUUAUAACUGCUGGAGUAUCAUAUGGUAAAAAUAAACCAUCACGAGAUCAAAUGUAUAUUAUGCUUACUCCGAUUGUACAAGAACUACAGCAGUUGGAAUAUAGAAGAUAUUUUAAUUUAAAAGCAUUAAAUAAUAAGCUUGAACUACUUCGAAUUUUCUUAUUAGCAGCUUGUUUAGACAAACCUGCUCAAGCCAUCGUUCAAAAUUUAGGUGAACCAAUUGGUGCAUAUGGAUGUGGUAGAUGUGAAUUAGCCGGUGAAACAGUUUAUACUGACGUUGAGUCAAACCACAAGAUUCGAGUAUUUCCAUUAUUACCGAAAAGACAAACUCAACCUCGUCUUCGAUCAAACUUUACACAUGAUGACAUUAUUAAUAUAGAUGAAAAUGAUAAACCUGCUGAUAAAGAUGAAUUACGUGAUAUGAUGCGAGGUCAUGUUGGACCAUGUGUACUAAGACCUCUGAAAUAUUUUGAUGUUGGAUCUUUAUUACUAUUUGGUUUUAUGGCAUUCAAAUCUUGUUUAUCUACAAUAUAUUAUAAUCAUUUUUUACUUCUUGUUAUUGGUACUCAUCUUAUCGAAUCACGUUCAAUCAAUCAAGAACAAGUUGAAUUAAUUCAAGUAUUAUAUGAAAAAUUUCUUCGUUUAUUUCCUGUUUUGUAUACAUCACGACAUAAUGUACAAUGUGUGCACAGUCUUCAUCAUUUUUCUGCUAGUGUGAAAGAAUGUGGUUCAAGUAGUAAUUAUAGUACUUUUAAUUUUGAAAGCUUUUUAGGAAUAUUAACAGGUUCAAUUCAUGCAACUCGACGCUAUGGUGCUGAAAUUGAAAACAAUAUUCGAGUACUUCGUGAAGCAUGCAUUACAUUUGAUCAACCUGGUUUCAAUUUAUCUUUACAUAAAUUUUUGAACAAUAUGCAAAGAACUAAACGAACAAUUAUAUUUGAUUCUCAAUCAGAAACUGUUAAACAUCAUGUACGUGUUCAUACUCGUGAUACUGAUCCUAUUGCUUUAAAACAUAUACAACAAUCAAUAAAUAAUAAUAAAAUUGAUUUGUUCAAAACUUGUCAUAUUGGUUCCAAUCGAUUUGCUACAUUAACUGAUCAUGAUACAUCUACUUUUACUGAUUCUUGUAUUUUAUUUACUAUUAAUGACACAUUACGAUUAGGUUUUAUACGUCAUAUUAUUCGUAUUAAUUGUAUUAAACAAUGUUCGUACUUAUGUCAAGUUCAGUUAGUCACUAUUGACUCAUAUCUUAAUAUAAAUGUAAAUGGAGAUGUUGUGCCUUGUAAAAACGUUCUUUUUGGUAAUCUGGAUCCGCUCAACUCGUAUGUGUAUAUAAAAUUUGAAGAAAUUAUUGAAAAGAUUAUUCAUGUUUUCGAUAAACAAUCAAAACGAUUUAUAUUUUUUCGAUUUCCAAAUUUAGUUGAAUCUUCAUGA